UAUCUUCAACACAAGCAUUAGUUUCAUUGGGAAGAAAGAAAAGAAAAGAAAAUGCUUCCUUCAAUCUCUGCUUCCAGUAUUCUUUCAUUGCUUUUCCUUCUUCUUCUGUCACCUUCUUUCACAUAUUCAUUUCGAAUCUUUGAUAGCUUUAUCCAAUGUCUGAAAGUCAAUUCUGAAAUUUUAAUUCCUUUCUCAACUUCCUUGUACACUCCUGACAAUUCUUCGUUCUCUUCAGUUUUACAGUCUUCAGCUCAGAAUCUUCGCUACUUGUUACCUUCAGUGCCAAAGCCUGAAUUCAUCUUCACACCUUUGCAUGAAACCCAUGUCCAGGCUGCCGUGAUCUGCUCGAAACAGCUUGGAAUUCACCUUAGAGUUCGCAGCGGUGGCCAUGACUAUGAGGGUCUUUCUUAUGCUUCUGAAAUUGAAUCGCCCUUCAUCGUUGUAGACCUUUCAAAGCUUCGUUAUGUCUCUGUUGAUAUUGAUGAUAACAGCGCUUGGGUUCAGGCCGGUGCUACUGUUGGUGAAGCUUAUUACAGAAUUUCUGAGAAAAGCAGAACUCAUGGCUUUCCUGCUGGUCUCUGUACCAGUCUAGGCAUUGGUGGUCAUAUCACUGGUGGUGCUUAUGGUUCAAUGAUGAGGAAGUACGGUCUUGGUGCUGACAAUGUUAUUGAUGCUCGUAUAAUUGAUGCUAAUGGUAAAGUUCUGGAUCGACAAGCCAUGGGAGAAGAUCUAUUUUGGGCAAUUAGAGGUGGCGGUGGUGCUAGUUUUGGAAUCAUUCUUGCUUGGAAACUAAAGUUGGUUCCUGUACCAGCAACUGUUACAGUUUUUACAGUUACUAAAACUUUAGAACAAGAUGCCACUAAGAUCCUUUACCGGUGGCAGCAAGUUGCAGAUAAACUCGAUGAAGAUCUCUUCAUCAGAGUCAUCAUAUCAACUGCUACUAUCGCUAAGAGUGCUUCAAGGACUGUGUCAAAUUCUUUCCAGGGUCAGUUUCUUGGCGAUGCUAACAGACUACUACAUGUAAUGGAAACGAGUUUUCCUGAAUUGGGUCUGACAAGGAAAGAUUGCAUCGAAACAAGUUGGAUCAAAUCUGUGCUAUACAUUGCUGGGUACCCAAGUACUACACCUCCCGAAGUUUUACUUCAGGGCAAGUCUCUAUUCAAGAAUUACUUCAAAGCCAAAUCAGAUUUUGUCAAAGAACCAAUACCCGAAACAGGACUCCAAGGACUUUGGGAAAGGUUAUUGCAAGAAGAAAGUCCAUUGAUGAUAUGGAAUCCAUAUGGUGGAAUGAUGGGCAAGAUUUCAGAGUCUGCAAUUCCAUUCCCCCAUAGAAAGGGUGUCCUAUUCAAGAUUCAGUAUUUGACUAGUUGGCAAGAUGGAGAAAAGAAUGCAGCAAAACAUAUGGAUUGGAUUAGGAAGCUAUACAACUACAUGGCACCUUAUGUUUCAAUGUUUCCAAGAACUGCAUAUGUGAAUUACAGGGAUCUUGAUCUGGGUAUGAACAAAAACAGCAGCACUAGCUUCAUACAAGCUAGUGCUUGGGGAAGCAAGUACUUCAAAGACAACUUUAACAGAUUGGUGCAAGUGAAAACUAAAGUUGAUCCUGAUAACUUCUUCAGGCAUGAACAGAGCAUCCCACCUCUCCCUGCUUCUCUGAGAAGAAAAAGAAGGGGAGGAAGAGGAGGAAUUAAAGUAUAGAGAUGGUUGUUUGUUGCCUGGUUUGGCUUCUCUUUAUUACCAGUUUACUCAAUUUAGCUGGCUGAGUAAAAGAGGAAUAAUGAUUUUAACAGGAUGAUGUAAAAUAAUGGGUAUGGUCUUAAGAAUUGUUGCAGUAUUGAUGUAUAAGGGUUUUGUUUUGUUGGGAAAAAGAAGAAAGAAAUAUCUGCAUAUUUCAUUAUCUAUUUUGUUGAUUAAAUUGCUAAUGUAAUGAUAUUCUAUUCUAAAUUAGGGCUCUGGAUUUAUGUGUUUUCUCUGCA